AUGUCUGCGCCACACCCCACUGUUGACGGCCUUGCAGUACAGGACUUGACCAACCUGGAUGUCACCAAACUCACACCUCUAUCUCCGGAGGUUAUCUCACGUCAAGCUACUAUCAACGUUGGUACCAUUGGUCAUGUCGCUCACGGCAAGUCUACGGUUGUUCGAGGUCUAUCGGGAGUUAUGACUAUUCGAUUCAAACAGGAGAAGGAGCGUAAUAUCACCAUCAAGCUUGGAUACGCCAACGCUAAGAUAUACAAGUGCCAGAAUCCGGACUGUCCUAGCCCUGGUUGUUACACUUCCCAUGGGUCUGCCUAUCCUGAUCGCUACACUGAUGAGCACGGUGAAUGGGUGGUCGUCCGUCACGUAUCUUUCGUCGAUUGCCCUGGUCAUGAUAUCCUCAUGGCUACCAUGCUCAAUGGCGCUGCAGUCAUGGACGCCGCUAUGCUACUUAUUGCUGCCAACGAGAAGUGCCCUCAACCACAGACCUCGGAGCAUCUGGCUGCGGUCGAGAUCAUGCGACUGCGACACUUGAUCAUACUGCAAAACAAGGUGGAAUUGGUUACCGAGGCUGAGGCUCAGCAGCAAUACGCGGAUAUCCGGAACUUCGUCAAGGGAACUGUGGCCGACUCUGCGCCAGUCGUACCGAUUUCAGCCGUGCUUCGUUACAACUUGGACGUUGUAGCCGAGUAUCUUUGCACCCAAAUUCCUGUUCCCGUUCGCGAUUUCACUUCCUCUCCCCAAAUGAUCAUUAUUCGAUCGUUCGACGUUAACAAGCCUGGAACUCAUGGGAGCGUUGCUGGUGGCAGUAUCCUCAACGGCGUUCUCAAGUAA